UUCACUCAAAUCAAAUGUCAAGUGUAGUAAAUUGUGAUUUGUGUUUUUGCUUUUUGGAAUGUUUGUAUUGUAUUCUUUCGUGUAUUACUUUCGCACGUCAAAAAAAUUCUCAAGAUUAAAAUAAUAGCGAUGUGUUCAUAAUAUGGUGUCCUAGUUAAGUGUAUUGUUAAUUUGAAAGCUGUUUAAAUUAAUGGAGUUGAAGGUCUGGGUCGAGGGGAUACAAAGGAUUGUUUGUGGAGUGACGGAGACUACCACUUGCCAGGAUGUAGUCUUUGCACUUGCUCAUGCUACAGGUAAAGUGGGCAGAUUCACAUUAAUUGAGCGAUGGAGAAAUAAUGAAAGGCUUCUAGCUCCACAGGAAUAUCCACUUAAGAUUUUAAUGAAAUGGGGCGAAUAUUCAAAUGACAUACAAUUUAUAUUAAGGAGAUCUGAUAGUAGCGACAACCAAAAACCUUUACCACCUAAUAGUAAUUCUAAAUCACCAAUUGGAAAUGGUAGCCAGAACAAUCAGCCAACUCCAAACAUACAAGAUAAACAAAACUCACCAAAUAGGACAAAUUCUUCCGCCUUUAAUAAUGUAAAUAAUACAUCACCUAGUAAUAUUGGUGUGGUGAAAGGUGUACAACAAAAUAAGACGCCAGAGUCACACAGUCCUGUUAUGAAGGAUGUACCACCAUAUAGGGACCCCCCACCACCAUACAGAUCGCCGCCGCCGCCGCAGGGGCUCCGCAAGUCACCGAACCGCACACGGCCUCGCUCCAACCACAUGUCUCCGGAGACUGAUGAUGAAAGGAAUCCAGAAGCAGUCAGCUAUAAUACUCAGUAUAGAGAGCUUGUGUCGCUCGUCAAUUAUCAGAGGGAAAAGCUGUCGAGUCAACAGGUUGAUUUGAUUAAGUAUGAUGCAGAAAUAGGCUUCUGGGAGAAUAAAGGCCGAGAGCAGGAAAGGCAGGUGGAAUUGCUGCAGCAACAAAUUAAUUCAGCUGAUAAUCAGCUCAGGAUUAGUACAGAACAGGUUCAAGCAUUAAAUUAUGUAGAAGAAGAAACUGAUAUAGUGAAACAAAAUGAAAAGACGCUCAAAGCCGAAAUAGUGUUGGUUCGCUCCAAACUGGCCAACUGUGAAACUGAAUUGUUGCAGUGUAAGAAUAAAAUAAGAAAGCUCAUGGAAGAUAUUCAUAAUGAACAGAGGGUUAUAAGCAGUCGGCAUCAAGAAAAUAGACAAGCAUUGGAAAGAUCAAUGCUUGCGGAGAUGGAAAGUCUGCAGACUCAAAUACAGCAAGCGAAACACGCCACCGAGAUCAACCACCUCACUGCAGAGAAUUUGAAACGGGAGGUUGGAGUACUAGAAACGGCUAUAAUGGAGAAGAAACGCCAAGUGGAGUGCCUCGUGCAAGAAAUGAAGGAGGCCAACCUGCAGAGCCUUGCCGGCAGUGCUGAUGAACUAAGGCAUCCACUUGAUGGAAUGUGCAAAGCGGGAAGUGCUAGGAGAAUAAUUGGGUCACCGAGGCAGCUAGAAAACGCAGCUCCUACUAAUAAAAAUCCACAUGGCGUCUGGGUUUAAAUGUUACAGUUUUUCAAAACAUUAUAAAAACAAAGUUACUUGCUAUAAAAGGUUUCUCAUAAAGAUUUAAAAGCGUAUAAAAUUAUAUAUAGAAUUAUUAAUAAUAUUCCAAUAACAGAAAAUAAAUAUUAUAAUUAAAUUUAGAGCAUAUUUUGUGGUAGUUUGAAAAGUGCAAAAAAUAUUUGAUAUUUGUUUAUUCCCUAUUAGAGAUGUAACUGUGAAUUGUUCAUUUUAUAGAUGUUUUACGUCAAGAAGAAAGUAUUAUAUUUACUCCCUGUAUGAUGAUUGAUAUUGAUUUAUACUGAUAUCAUUUUACUAUUGUAAUUUUUUUUAAAGAUCUUCACGCUGUAAAAACUAAAUCUAUUGCAACCUCGAACAGUAUCUUAUGUACAUAUUAAAUACCUAAUAAAGAUUUAUCCAGUAUACAAAGUAUGAGUUGAUUAGAGACACUUUUAUUCGGAAAAAUAAUGAGUAUUGUACCAGAUGUAGUAAGUAUUUAUUUCCUAUAGGUAGACUGUACUCUGCUGUGUUUAAUCUCUAUUUAUGCUAUGUGUUCAAACUUGUGUCAUAUAAUCACUGUCACAAACUAUAUUUUAUAUUAGUUUUAAGAUAUGUUUGUACUUAAAGCAUUUUAUGUAAUUGUAAAAGUAUUAUUCUUGCCUUUUUUUAUUGUAGUACAUAUUUUGUGAGCAAAAUUAUAUGGUAGUUUUUGUUUAUAAAACGUAGAAUUUUGCGAUCAUUGCUUUUUUACGUAGCGGCAUUUAAGGAAAUGUGUUUUAUUCUCAUUUGUAUGCAAAGCUCGACUUUGGAACUCUUUUAUUUUGCGGUACAACUAAUUUCUGUGUGAUUGCAAUUAUGUAUUUGGGAAUCGUAAAAUAUAAUUUGAAUCGUUUUUUCUAAUUUGAAUUUGAUUUAGGGCUUGUGUUCGUUUUGUAUACUUACUGGUUUUGUUUUCUACAUAAUAACAACAUAAUUUUUAUUAUAUAUUUAUAUACGUGUGAUUUUCGUUUGGUUUUUCCCUAAUCAAUUAUGCCGUGCGUUGUGCAAUGUGCCAUUAUUAUUUUAGAUUUAGUAGAAAAUAAAUUAAUUUAUUGUACAAUUACACUUUCAGUUCGAUUUUUUUUCGAUUUAACUAUGAACUUGUCGAAUGGAAUGUUAAUCAAUAGUUUGCAAUAUGUAAUUAAAUAUACUUAAUAAUAAUCUAGUCGGAAAUAUAAGCCAUUGCAAUAUUUUAUCAAUAAUGAACAAAUUCUAAUAUACUUAAUAUUAUCGGCCUAAAUACAUUGAAUUUUAAUUAGUAUAUUAGAUGUCUUUUUAAAAAAUAGUUUUCAAUCAUAUUAUAAAAUGUUUUACAUUAUUCUGCAUGGUUACUAAUAGGUAGAUGAUUGUAUAUUCAAUAUAGAAUAAAGUGAAUUUAGAAAGA